CUGUAUAUUCCUAUUUUUGUCCCUCUCUCUGUAAUUACAGACCAUGAAGCCGCCUUAUGAGACCUCCUCGUGCUCUGCUCCACCCUUAGCUGAAAUAACUCUUUGAAAUUCGUCUUGUUUUCAGUUCAGUUUUGCUUCCUGUUUUCACUCAAACGAAAGCUAUAACGCUUAGAGAUUCGUCUUUUUCCCUCGUGAAUAGUGGAUAACAAUCAUACCGUUUGAUAUUCAAGCCAACAUUUGCGGUGAAUUGUUGUAUUAUUGGAACUCCAAAACUCGAUGGUUUCCUCCAACUAAAACUGGGUUUCAUUUCUUUGAGCUUAAAACAUGGGGGAGCUUCAAAACUCAUCUUCAAUGGCUGUUUCUACGGCUUCCGGUGAAACAAGUGUAUCUUCUUCAGGAGGACGGCCGCCGAAGAAGAAAAGAAAUCUUCCUGGGAUGCCAGAUCCAGAAGCCGAGGUGAUAGCUUUAUCUCCAAAAACCCUACUAGCCACCAACCCUUUCGUUUGCGAGAUCUGCAAAAAGGGCUUCCAACGCGACCAAAACCUUCAACUCCACCUCCGUGGCCAUAACUUACCGUGGAAGCUCCGUCAAAGAACAACCGGAAAAGAGAUACGAAAGCGAGUCUAUGUUUGCCCCGAGCCUGGGUGCGUACACCACGACCCGGCUCGAGCCUUGGGUGAUCUUACCGGUAUCAAGAAACACUUUUGCAGAAAACACGGUGAAAAGAAAUGGAAAUGCGACCGGUGCUCUAAAAUGUACGCCGUUAAGUCCGACUGGAAGGCCCACAUGAAGACCUGUGGCACCCGAGAGUAUAAAUGCGAUUGUGGCUCCAUUUUUUCCAGGAGGGAUAGUUUCUUUACGCAUAGAGCUUUCUGCGAUGCGUUGGCCGAGGAAACCGCGAGGGUUGGAGCAGCAACUGCACCACCGCCUUCACAGCCUUUAACACCGUCUACUCCUAGCGUGGUUGCACCGGCGGCACCAUCAUCAAUCUUUCAAACAGCAGCAGCCUUAGAGGGCACAACAUCCCUCUCUCUUUCCUCUCCGCUCUACCUCUCCAACAAUAUCUCUUCAAUCUUGACCGGACCAGUCAUGUCGGCUACUGCAUUGCUCCAGAAGGCUGCCCAAAUGGGGGCAGCAUCACCGUACCCUUCACUAUUUCAUGGACUAGGCUUUUCAGUAUCAUCAUCAGCACCCUCUGUCGGGAAACAUCUCAAUGUUAAGUCAGAGAGCAAUUCAACGUCGACAGCAAGUAUGAGGCACGGCCUUCCCUUGAUAGGCUCAUCCCCGCCUACGACGCUUGAUUUUUUAGGGGUUGGCAUGGGUGAUGGUGGAACUUCCUCGAGAGGAUUAUCUGCUUUGCUCACUUCAUUUGGAGGCGGAUACGGUGUGGAAGCAGCUGCAACCACACCAUUCGGCGCAGGUGGGAGUUCGAAUAAAGAAACAUGGGAAGGUGCAGCCGAGCGAAAGACCAGUUGUUAAACCUUGAACACCAGUGCUUAGUAACCGAGAUAAAGAUUUGAGUUUUCUUUCCGUUUUA